AUGGCCAACAUUAAUGCUGCGGUGGACAUUCUUAAUCCAGGUAACUUUAAUGUUACGGUGGGCAUUAAUCCAGGUAGUCUAAUCCGAAAAGGCGUAAAGAUGUACAUAGAUAAUAAGUCCAAGAAAACUUGUGAACGUAUUCUCAAAGCUCAUUUUAAAAAACUCGCGAAUCAGGGUUACUUAUCAGUUAUUGGAGACGACGGUUUUCAACUUACCGACAAGGCAUUGGAUGAACAAAUCGGUUUGAUGGCUUAUCUAGAUAUACGGGCAUUUAUGCAGAUGAACAAUUUUAGUGUAGAAGAAAUUACCAUAGUAACAAGAACACGCGUUCAAAUCUGGUUGAGUAAAAAAUACCUGUCGUGGGAUAAGAGAGUUGGAGAUGCAUGGUCAAACACUGCAGACUUUGCAAAGAGUGCGUUAAGUGAUGUAUUGAAUAGUUGGUACGCCUCACGUUCCAGUGAUGCCAAACAACCAUUGAAUCAAUCAAUGGGAUACUUACUCAACGCAGAAGCUGCACUAGAUGCCAAUCUUCAUGCACUAAUGAUUGCAACUCGCAUUAUAGGUCUUGCACAGAUGUGUGGAAUACCCGAGAUUGGUCUGUUGGACAUAAUAGAGGGUCUAUCAAAAUCAUAUAUAUUCGAGACGACUGGACGCGCUAUUGUGGCUGGAAUGCGUGGGCGACAUUCAUCAGAAGUAUAUAAUAUCGGUUUAGGAAUUCGAGGAAGCUCAGAAAAUGUGCACAAAAAUUUUAUGAUAAAAGCAGGAGGAUUCAAAGGAUCACGAGAAGUUAUUGGAAAAUAUACAGGUGGCAAAGUAGUAUUAAAUUCAAUUGUUGCCAAGGAUACUGCAAUGGACAUUCAUGGCAACCAGCUACGAUGCACUAAUCAACUCAAAGUAACAUUAAGUAUUAAGAGAGUCGCAGGAGUGCCGUUGGCCAAAGUUAAACGAAUCGGAUCUCUUCAAGUCGCUGACAUGAUGUGUGGUGGCAUUACAGGUACCGCUUGUCCGUGUACAAACCCCGAUCAACUUAAGAAACUCAAAAGAGGAGGUCGUGUGGGUAAAGUAAAAGUAAUUUUUAGAAAGAUCGAUCCUUUAAACUUGCCACCUGCCCCUCGACUAACCAUUAUGGUGCAUGAAACUUAUGGAGACGGAGUUGCGCAUCUAUUUCUUUCACAUUGCUUAAAGAGUGGUGCGUAUGUCAGAGCUGAUGGAGAGUGCUUGUAUUGUGCAGUUUGUAGGGCAGUAGGAAUUGGAUGCACUUCAGUCCUAUUGUAA